UAAGGUCGUGAGCCCAGAAUUUGUAUCAAGGCUUCCCCUCAUAAACAAAACAACAAUACCAGUACAUCUACAUCUACAACCACCAUUACCAUCACAAUCAUAACCACCACCACCAUCACCAUCACAAUGUCCUCCACCACCCCCCUCAACGACGGCCACAGCAGCGUCAAAAGAUCCCACUCCGCCUCUCGAAACCCGCUGUCUCGUCCAACCACUCCUCUCCGUCCAUCCUCCCGUUCUUCUCUUCGCGAAUCGGCGAGAAAAAGUACUGGUGGUUAUUCGAGCGCACCUCUGGAAGCAUUUGAACCUGCGUUUGCGGAAUUGUCUGAUUCGAUGGCAGAUUUAGAAGCCAAUUUUAUGCAUUUACAAUUGAUGCAUGAGAGUUUGGCGAGGUUUAGUGAGAACUUUGCCAGUUUUCUUUAUGGAUUGAAUAUGAAUGCUUUUUGCGUCGAUUUUCCCGAGGCACCUAUCCCAGAUUCAUUUCGUCGAGCACAAGAACAGGAGGAGCAAUUAGGCAAAUCAACAAAUUCAGAAAGAUUUCGUGGUGAAAUUGAUGGCGAAACAACAUUUUUGACCACGGAUACCUCCUUCGUUGAUAAUCCUCCUCCAACCUCCUCGAGAGGAACCCCGAAAUUCACAACCCCUGCGCCAUCAAGAAUAGCAGGCUCUUCUCGCCGAGGUGGAUCUUCGGGUGGCUCUGGCUCAUCUGGUAGAGGUAUUCCCGUUCCGCGUGGUGGACGUGGCGGUAGAGCAAGCGGUCUUGCAAGAGGUCGAGGUCGGGGUGUAAGAUGA